AUGCCUUGGAAAUCUUCUUCAUCUCCUGCGGCUGCCUCUUUAAAGUCAAUGGGGAAGUCUAAACCCGCUGCCAAGCCCAUCCGUGGGCACAUAUCUUCACCUAUACCUGUUGCGGACUCUUACAGUCAUCUUUCAGAGCCCACGCAGAUGCACAAGCUUCCCCAGCAAGCAGCCCAGCACGACAGCAACAUCAGACCUAGACAGGCCCAGGGUUUCGAUCAGAACCACAUCACCAACGCCGCAGGCAAUUCUACACCUUCAUCGCGGGUACCAUCUGGAGCCCCAAAGGUGACAAUCGAUGAAACCGCCGCGCGCAAUCCUACACCCGAGGCCGGCAGACGUCUUUCAAAAACACAGAAAAAAGAUACUCCAGUCCGUAAAAGAUCGCCGAUUCGCAAUGUCAUAGGUCGUCUAUUCGGCAGACGGAAGAAGACGCCGAGCCAACUGACAAGGACACCAGAGCCUGCCCAGCGCUCUAGUGCUCCUCCACAGACUACGGCAAAAAAUGCAGAAGACGGUCCGUCACGAGGUUCUGGGGCCAGUCGAUCGGUUUCUCUGCCCAUUACCGAAUUUGACCGAGCUCUUCGUUCCCACUCCAUCGGCCUCGAUGAUGUCAUCGCCAUCAGAAGCGCACGAAACUCUCUGGUGGUCGCAGAUCAAAUCCAGCCCAAGAAACGAAGCGCCGGCAGCGGCGGCGGCGGCGGCGGCAGCGGCAAGAAUAGCCCUUAUAAUUUUGGAGCUCGCUACAUUGGCGACGGGAAGUUGGCCGGGCUCUGCCCACGCCCGGCAAGUGUCAAUGACAGGGAUCUUGGCCGCAGCUCAGCAAUCCUGGCGGAUGAUGACCCCGACGAAAUUGGUCGCGCCAUCACCGGUGACGCCGGUCGGCUGAAGCGUCGCUCACGGAGCAUGUCGGCCAUCCCCCGCUUCGAGGUUAAACCGGAGGAGCAGCAGCAGCACCGCCGCCACCGCCGUCGAAGCCAGGAAGUGAGAGAACUGCGAGAUAGCUGUGUCUACGGUCAAGACCCGCUUUCGCCAUUAUCUUCCGAGUUCCCCGAGGACGACGCUUUGGCUGCUUUUGACCUGGACCUGCCGAAUCCACCACGCCCAGCUGCCCCCGAGCCGCCGACGACAACGACGGCGGCGGCGCCAGGGCCUUUUAUGUUUGGCAGUCUCAUUUCGGAAGAGGAGGCCGCCAACAGGCAGCAGGUCGACGAGGUUACGCUGAGCUCUCGCGUCAACGGCAUCGAGAAUAGGCUGCACGUUGUCGAGGAUUCUGUAUCUCUGCUCAGGUACAAGGCCAACCCGCACGCACACGUGGGCUGGACACCUAGCGAUGCCGCCCUGCCAAGCGGACUCGUGGGCAUUCAGACUUCAUAUUCGUACCCAAACACCCGACACCCUCACCAUAGUCUGUCCAUGGGGAUAGCGCCCACGUCGACGCGGCCCUCGUCGAAUCAUUCAGAAGCCGUCUUCACAGAGUCCACCUCUUACAGCGACGGCGGAAACCACAGCAGCAGCCACAGUGCCUCACAGCAACAGCAGCAACAUCUCUCAAUGCCCGAUGACGCCGCCGUCGUCGCCGCCGCCGCCCGUCCCAACUCUGAACAGACGCUACGCGGCCAUCACCACCUUGCCCCGCAGCGCCAUGCCUCUUCUCCCCUCAGCGACGAGCAGUACUCGUCGCUCCUCGGCCUCUUGGAGACGGAGCGCUCCGCGCGCAUCGCGCUCGAGGCCCAGGUGCAGCAGCUCACGCGGCAGCUCAACAUGCUCCUCCUCGCCAGACACGCGCGGCGCGGCGACCACCACAAAGCCUCCUCCGCCGCGCCGGCGCCCGUCUCCGUAUUCGAGUACGACGCCGACGAGAGCGAGUCCUUUGUUGAAGGAGGCGGCAGCAAAGGCAGCAGCCCGCGCCGCAACAUCUGGCACCCCCAGCAGCAUGGGUACUCGCUCGACGACUCGGGCAUAGACCCGGGCAUAACGCGGCACGCCUCUACGAAUCACGACUACAACGACGACGACGACGACGAUGACGAUGACGAUGACGACGACGAUGAUGGUGUCGAGUCCUCAUCGCAGCUGUACGCGACGCCCAGCGAGGAGACGCACACGGGGACGUUCAACGUGUAUCCCGCCGCGGAACAGGAUGGCGUUGCAUCGCCGAGGACCAUGUCGCUGUCGAGUAUAACAAUGAGUCCGAUGCCGACGGCCGUAAUGUAA